AUGGCACCAGCAGAUCAAACUAUUCUUAUCACCGGAGCAUCAGGCUUCGUCGGCUCUGGAGUCGUGCUCGGAAUCCUCAAAGCCGGCUAUAAAGUCCGCCUAACAAUCAGAGACCCCGCACAAGAAGAAUGGCUCAAAAAGGUGUUCGGGCACGAAGGACAAGUCACUUUCGUCGUCGUUCCGGAUUUUCUAAAAGCCGGUGCAUUCGAUGAAGUUGUCAAGGGUGUUGACUUCGUAGUUCAUACCGCGAGUCCUAUUCCUACGCCGGAGCUGCUGCAACCAUGGAAGGAAAAUUAUAUCGACCCAGCGGUUAUACCCACACAAUCCCUUCUCGAAUCCGCCACGAAGGAGCCAAAGAUCAAAAAGGUUGUUAUCACUAGUUCAUCUAUCUCCUUUGUUCCGCUAGAUCGUUCCCUUCUCGGAGAAAGCCGAACAGCCAGUGAAAAAUCUGGCAACCCUUCAGUAGGGCCCCUCGAUGAAUUCUCCAAGGUCGAUUUCGGCUUCCCCUUCGGUGCCUACCACGCUUCCAAAAUCGCUGGCGAUUUAGCAACCUGGGAAUUCCACUCAUCCAAAAAACCGCACUAUUCAAUCGUCAGCAUCCACCCCGACUUCGUCUACGGUGCUAUCCCCGUUCUCAAAUCCGUCAAGGAUAUUGACAAUCAUCACACCACUUCUGCCAUCCUCUGGCGCGAAUACAACGGUAUCGAUGGUCUACUCAGAUUCCAAGAUGUUGAUCAUUCAGUCCAUGUCGAAGAUGUAGCCGAAGCCCACGUGAAGGCUCUUAGCGAUGAUGUUAAAGAUGGUGAAAGGUUUUUGUUGUCUGCUGGGGAGUUUAAGUGGGAUGAUCUGUUGAAGCAUGCGCAGGAGAAGUACCCAGAAUUAGGAUUUAAGUUGAAUACCAUUCCCAGUUGGAAGGAUGGGUGGACUGCGACUUAUUUCAAGUUGGAUGCAAGCAAGGCGGAGAAGGAGCUGGGGAUUAAGUAUAAAGAUAUCUACCAACAGUUUGAUGAUUUGGUGGAUCAUAUCAAGACACUACCCAAAGAAUAG